UAUUUGAUGAAUAUAAUACUAUGAAAUUAUUAACACCAUCCAGUUAAAAGCAGUUGGUAGUUAAGUUGAUUCAUGGCUUCUUCUUCAAUGCCAAGCUGUAGUUUCUACUGCAACUCAGCUUCAACACCAACCACUCGUUCACCCUUAUCUUCUUCUUCUUCUCUUUCAUUCUUCAAUGGCUACAAUGGAAUUUCACUCAAGACACCACCUUGGUCCACCUCAUCAACAACUUACGCCAAGUUUGAGAAGUUCCAAGGUGAUGAUCCUCUUGAAGACUCUUCUUUUCAAGCACAACCACAAACAAUUCAACAACAGGUACAAGAACAAGAACAAGAAGAAGAAGAAGAUGACAGCUGCUUGCCUUCAGAUUUGGAAGGUGCCGUCCGGCAAUCAAGUGAAGCAAGUUCGUUGUUCGUUUCUUCAGGAGGAAUGAGAGCCAUAGUUGAGCUCUUGAUCCCCCAGCUGCAGUUUCUAGAUGACGAAGGAGCACAGAGUGAACUCUGGGAAUUGUCUAGGACUUUUUUGGAUACUCUUAUUGAGGAAACAGGAUGUCAGAAAGUAAAAGCCAUAUUUCCAGAUGCCGGUGCUGCUGCACUGCUAAAAUAUCGGUGGAAAGAUGCUGCUUUUGGAUUUUCCAGUUUAAGUGACCGAAAACCUGUGGAGAAUGAAGAUGAGAUUGUUGUUAUGGUUGUUCCUGACUAUCAGAUGUUGCAAUAUGUAGAGAAAAUUGCAUCAAAUCUCUCCGAUGAUCCACCAAGGCCUCUGAUCAUGUGGAAUCCGCGUCUCAUCAGUGAGGAUGUUGGAGUUGGGAUUAAUGUUCGCAACUUAAGGCGGUACUUUCUGAGCACUUUCACUACAGUUUACUCGAUGAGACCUCUGCCAACUGGUGCUGUGUUCAGAUGUUAUCCAGGAUUAUGGAAGGUGUUUUAUGAUGAUAAAGAUAGGCCAAAUAGGUAUCUCCUAGCUAAAGAAUUUAUAAGCCGUCCGAAUGCUGAAGACCUUGAGAUACUAUUUGGAGAUGUAGAAGCAAACUCAGAGGACGGCCCUUCUUUGUUUAGUCAAGCAGCAAGCAUUUUCUCCUCACUAAACCGAUUCAUGAAAGCCAUCUCAAAAUAGUUUUGUUCUUUACCACCCUCCUCCAUUGGAUUUGGGGUUAAUGUUUUGCAAUUUUAUGCUUUGUUCCAGUCAUUGUUUAUUAGCACUAAACUACAUUAUGAUGUAUAAUACAAGAUUUUCACAAUAGAAUCUUGAGAUAUGCCUUCCUUUC